AGUAGCGCUUUGGAAAAUAACGCAAAUUCUAUCUGGUCGUUAUAGAAAGCAUACAUGUUUUGUGAAUUCUGUGUUUUGUAUAUUCACUGUAGGUGUGGUUUGAAAAGGACACUUAGAAAGGAUUUAAACUAAAUGGACUAAACUUGUUGAAAUAAUUUUAAGUUUUAUUCCGCGCGGCUUAAUAUAUAUUGUGCACUGAUAAUAAUAACAAUUAAACAUAACAUUAGAAAACAAUAGAUGCAUUUGAAUAAGACAUAUUGUGAUUUGUGACAGAUAACUUAAGAGUUAUUUAAAUAAUUUUAGGACAUCAUCAUAUAUGAAAUCUUUAAAAUUUACCAAUGAUCUUCCCAGGAAGUAAUUCAGAAUCAAGCCAAAUGGCUUAUAAUCCAUUUCUACUCCACAGGCCUUCUGACUAUAGCGGCAUGAACUCGCUGCUGGCCGCACAAGCCAACUAUUUACCAGGCCUAGCUGGAUUUCAACACCCGGGACUUGCAAGUUCAUUUUCCAAGCUGCAACAGAGCAUGGGCAGGUCUCCACUUACCCCUGCGGAUUUAUUAGGACCUUACCAACACUUGAGGCCGAUAAGGAGUCUCGAACCUCCAGAGUCUGAGGUGCAAGAUGAUCCUAAAGUAGAACUGGAAGGCAAAGAUCUGUGGGAACAAUUCAAUAAUUUGGGAACUGAAAUGGUCAUCACAAAAUCUGGACGACGAAUGUUCCCGCCAUACAAAGUGCGCGUGACUGGUUUGGACAAACGCGCUAAAUAUAUACUUCUUAUGGAUACUGUAGCUGUUGACGACUGCAGAUACAAAUUUCACAACUCAAGAUGGAUGGUCGCCGGGAAAGCUGAUCCGGAAAUGCCAAAACGCAUGUACAUUCAUCCGGACUCUCCCAGCACCGGAGAGCAAUGGAUGCAAAAGGUCGUGUCCUUCCAUAAGCUGAAGCUAACCAACAACAUCUCGGACAAGCAUGGCUUCGUAAGUACGAUACUAAACUCCAUGCACAAAUAUCAGCCUCGUUUUCAUCUAGUCCGAGCAAACGACAUUCUGAAGUUGCCAUACAGUGCUUUCCGCACAUACGUGUUCAAAGAAACCCAGUUCAUUGCUGUUACAGCUUAUCAAAAUGAAAAGAUCACCCAAUUGAAAAUAGACCAUAAUCCAUUUGCAAAAGGUUUUCGUGAUACUGGCAGUGGCAGAAGAGAGAAAAAACGACUUAUGCUGCAGUCACAUCACCAACAGCAACAAAGCUGUCACAGUACAGACGAGCAGACGAUAAGCGAGCGUGCCAGUGACACUGCUCACAGUGACGACGAGGAUAAUGAAAUUUGUGUCGUAGAAACAGACGACAAACCAUGUAGCUCAGACGAUUCAUAUACCCACCUUACUUCCGGCCCAUCACCCGCAGACCUUACUAGUGCAAGAAUUGACCAUAGACUGGACACCACAAAGUCAAACACAAGUCACGAUGACUCAGAAUCCGAAUCAGACGAUAAACACGAGAAUUCUAUGGAACACAGUCACGAACCGGUGUUUACGUCACCAAUCAAAUCCACGUUUCCAAGAAAAAUUAGUGAAAGUGACUUUGUGAGCAGUUUUGAUCGUAAUAAAUCACCGGAAAUUCACAGCCAUACUAGUAACCCGGCACUUCAACCUUCCACCUCUAGUCCUAUUGACUUAAAUAAAAAUAGCGAGGAUGGUGAUCGGCACAGCCCUUAUCACCGUGAGCCAAAGGACAGGAGUCCAUUUUGUUCUGAUAGUGAAGAAAAUGUACAGCAUAGAAGUUAUUCAGAUAGAAAUGAUAGUGACAAUGAAAAGUCCCCGGAAAGAUUAGAUCACGGUUGUGAAACUGCUACAAGUAGACUGUUAAUGAAAGAACAUACAAGUCCACCAAAUGUAACGGUUGUUCAGCCAUCAGUAACACAUCCAAUGUUUCCGUAUUUCUAUCCCCAUGGUUACCCGAGUACUACAUCAUCACUUCCAUAUCACAUGUUGUUAAAUCAAGGCAGUUCGUCAUUGGCUGCUCAUGGACUUUAUCUCCCUACGUCACAUGGAGAGCUCAAUCAUUUAUCGCCGACUCAUGGUUUGUCGGCAUUCGGUCAAAUACCAAUGCCAGGACAUCCACUUUAUCCAAAUCUAUCACCUACAUUUAGUAGCAGUGCGUCUAAUUCACUAUCUGGUUCACAUCUAGGAACAUUGUUUGCUUCUAGAUCAAACAACCGAUUUUCACCAUAUUCGUUCCCAAUGACAAAAACUACAAUGGCAACAAGUACGUCACCACUGACGUCAUCAGGAUAUAACCAUGGUCCAAGGUCACCAACAUCACCUACAGCCACACAAUCUAGUCUAGGAAGUCUUAGCCGACCUUCACCUGUUAGAAGCAGAAGUCCUAUACACACAGCUCCCUCAUCAAACCCUAACAGUGAACUUAAAAGUAUAGAGCGCAUGCUCAGUGGGUUAGAACGAAAGCGAGAGGUUGGCCCUGAUUCAACCGGUGCAAUAGUUGAAAAAUGACCAGUUGGACAUAGUUUAAAUACUUACCUAUCCGCGAAAUGGAAAUUAUCAUUGCGCCAAGAUUUGGUGACAAGCAAUAGAAAUGGUGCAAAUGCUGCCGGUAGUGCUUCGGUUAAAAAAUAACAUUACGUCAUAAGUGACGUCAAAAUGGGAGUGUACCAGAAGUGUCUCAGUUUACCAAAGUACAAUUUCAUCAGCAUUAUAUAGAUGUUGUAACAUAUAUCAUCUUUCAAUGAGAAACACUUUCAAAUAUGUGUUCUAAUGCCAUUGUUCAUAUUUAUAUAAGAUGAUGUGUAUGUGACGUCAUCAUGAUCAAAACGUCAUGGCUACACGUGAGAAGGAACUGCUUUAAUUAGCCAGAUAUUUCUUGUUAUUUAUUAUGAAGAUGUUGUGUUAUUGUAUGGUAGCAUUUUAUGAAAUAUUUUGUACAGAUAUAUUUAAAGAUUUUAUAUAUAAUGAGGGCUACGUGCAAAGGUUAAGAUGUUACUAUAAAUAGACAUUCAAAGAGACAUUUGAAAUGUGAACGAAAAAAAUGGACGUGCAUGGCUAUUUAUAGAAACACAUAACAUUUUUAAUGGCAGGGAGUUUUCAUUCACUGUAAAAAAAAACAAGAAAAGAAUUUAAAAAGAAAUUAAUUAUUUUUCUCUCAAGAAGAAAUUAGAAACUCAAAAUGUGCUUUGGUCAGAAGGUUUGAACCUUUCUGACAAGAACUAAAACGGAAGUAGCAUGUGUGUUCUUAUAUUAAUGAAAACAUUUUUUUUUAUUAUUUUUUUAAUUAUUUAAUUUUACCAGAAUUUUUCUCCAUUUUAUCCAAAUAAAUAUUUCGAAAGGUGCUUAAGAAUAGAGUUGGAUACAGGGUCACUACUAUAGAAACCGUUUUCUGUAGCUUUUACUUUUUACCCCCUAGUCACAUAGAGUUGUUUUAGCAAUGAUAAAAGUUUGUUGAAAGUAGUAGCAGUUGAAUGAAAUUUAUAUUAUUAAAA